AUGACUCGACGUCGACACCCCGCUGCCAGGAUGGCUAUGUUUCAGACAAUCAGACAACCAAGGCGGCUUCAGAUAAACCCCCAAAUCCAGUCGGCAUUCUUCACCAUCCUCAACGAGGACAUCCGCAACCUGAUCUACGAGUAUCUGUUUGGUUGUGCAACUCUUAAUGUUGACUCUGGGUGGCAAGAGCGCUACUGCCACGCAUCAUUACUCGGCAUCUGCCAAAGGGCAUACAUCGAGGGCAUUCGCGUGUUCUACUCAACCAACGUCUUCAAGCUAAGCCAAGACGACGGCCUGGACAUUUGGAUGGAUUAUACCAGGGUCCAGCGGUGGGAUCUCAUCCGCAAUGUCGACCUGCGCAUCACCCUCGCAGCGGACAUGUGGCAGUGGGGAAAAACCUGGGAGAUACUUUAUUCUAUGCCGAAUCUACGGAUCGCGAAGCUGCGUUGCGAGACCAAAAUGCAAUUUACUAAGCAUCCGCGCAGAACUUGCAAGGUAGAGGACCCAUUUGAGGGAGAGGGGUUCUUCCUCCCCUGGGCUCUUAAUCCGAUGCUGUGGCCGAGGAGGAGCAAUGAAGUCACCUUUGAGAUCCUUUUCAACAUCGAGAGGAAGAAGACUUUGGAGAUUCUACUUGAGGAGCUGAGGGCUUGUGAGAUGCGGGGGAUACGGAUCGGAUGGGUUAGCUGGACUGGAUCAGAGGAAAUCAGACGGACUGUCGAGGCUAACGGCCCGCUUAACUUGAAUGUACCGGAGGAAUUCAAACUGUUUAAAUGGAUAACGAACGCAAGAGAAACAGCAGAGCCGGUUAUAGAGUGGGAAGAGGUAUAG